UGAUCCUGCAGCUUGAUACUCUUUCGAAAUCUCCGAUUUUCCACGUUUCGAAAGUCCUACCGCACAUUUCUACCAUUACGGCCGAUAAGUAAAGGUCCACGUCCCUAUUUUAGCCUAUUUUUUAACGUUUUCGUGCUUUUCUUCGCAUUUAAAUUCAGAAAUAUAAACACCGCGUGAUCGUAACAAAUGUCACAAUUAUUCUUGCUCUAUUUUUUGUUUUUUUCCCUUAAAAUUCACUUUGAAAACAAUUUAAUUCAUCGAAAAUGAUUAAUUACAGCGAUCGUUCCGAUGGAUCAUUUUCCUGUAGAAGUAUUAGAGCAGGUUUUCAACAAAAUAAGGUGCGUGGAUCUGUUUCCUAUCGCGCGUGUGAGUGAAAAUUGGACGAAUGCAAUCGAGGGCAUUGUUAAACGUCGGAUUUUCAAGUCAGACGUGAGGAAGGGCAAGGCGGAAAUCCUGGACUUGGCUGACUGCCAUUUUAUCAUCAAGAAGGCCAACUCGAACGUUCUUCCGAGAGCGAGGAGGAAAAACAUCCAGAGAAAGGAACUCGCAAAAUCUGUCAGGCGAAUGCUUAGCCCAUUCGUGACCAGCACAACCUCUCCGACGCGUUGCGGCAAGAGGCACCAAUGUCUGAGAUUCAGUAUCGACAAGUUGUGCGUGAGCUCCGAAAUCCUGGAUAGCCUUCAGUUUUGCUGGUUCUCACAGCAUUUUUCGUGAUUUGAGGCAGUGCACCCUGGAAGUCCUCGAUGGCAACGAGAGGCCAAUCGUAACAAACACCCUUGAUCACCCCUUUUUUAAGGUU